CCGGCUGAAAGAUGGGCUGAAUGUUUUGGAGCUGUGGCCCGGGGCUACUUAUGCGUUUAAGGAUCUGUCCUUGUCCUGCACAGGGCAGUUUUUACAGUAUUUCUUGGAGAAAAAGCAGAAGCAUGUCACUAUUGUGGUGGGGACUUCAGGAGACACGGGGAGCUCCGCCAUCGAGAGUGUGAGAGGGCAGAAGAACAUGGACAUCUUUGUUCUGCUGCCCAAAGGGUUCUGCACCCAGAUACAGGAACUUCAGAUGACCACCGUCAUUGAAGACAACGUCCAUGUCUUUGCUGCUCAUGGGAACAGUGAUGAAAUCGAUGAGCCCAUCAAGGAACUGUUCGCUGAUGUGGAUUUUGCCAGAAAAUACAAUCUGAUGAGCUUGAAUUCGGUCAAUUGGUCUAGGAUUAUGGUGCAGAUUGCUCACCACUUCUACGCUUACUUUCAGUGUGCCCCAUCCCUGGAUACCACCCCGCUGCCAGUGGUGGAAAUUGUUGUGCCAACAGGAGGAGGAGGAAAUAUCACAGCUGGCUGUAUUGCCCAGAAAAUGGGUCUCCCAAUUCGACUUGUUGCCGUGGUUAAUAGCAAUGACAUCAUUCAUAGGACUGUUCAACAAGGAGAUUUCUCGCUGUCGGAGAGCGUGAAGGCUACAUUAGCAUCAGCCAUGGAUAUUCAGGAGCCUUACAACAUGGAGAGGAUCCUCUGGUUGCUCUCAGGCUCCGACAGCAGCCUGAUGAAAACGCUGAUGGAGCGAUUCAGCGUGUCGAAAAGCCUGAAGCUGCCGGAGGAUUUGCACAAAAAGCUCUCUGAGACCCUGCGCUCCUGCUCGGCCUCGGACGAGGACAUCGUGCGAGCCAUGCAGCGCUGCUGGGAGGAGAACCACUACCUGCUGUGCCCACACUCCGCCGUGGCUGCUCACUACCACUACUCACAGCCAGACAGCACGCCCCGCUGUUGUUUAGCUCCAGCCUCUGCGGCCAAAUUUCAGGAUGCUGUGCUCCGAGCAGGCCUGGUUCCUCAGCUCCCCCCGGAAAUCACUGCCUUAACAGGGAUGGAGACCAGGUCCACCUCCCUGGAGCGGGGACAGGACUGGGCACAGGUGCUCCGGGAGCAGAUUGAAGCCACGACACGGCGGCGAGAGGCGUCAGGGAGUCGGUCGGCCCCCCUGGGACAUCAGGGGAUCACCAGGCAGGGAGUCACACAGACCUGAGCUACUGGGGCACGGCUGGCUGAUGCCUCCCAGGGCUCAUUUUGAAUCCCUAAUAAAGCCCCAUGUUAUGCUGGGAGAGGAGCCUACAGUCCCCAUGCAAUGAAUUAUUAGUAGGAACAAACUUCACCAUUAAAUGAUACAGACUAUUUCAUAACAUUUUCAGUGAAGAGCUCUGCAAUUGUAUCCCCUUUUUCCUAGAAAUCCAUAAACACUGAUUGAAACUCUA